AUGGCUGGUGCAAGCAAUCCGGGUGUGCCCGAGCCGGGCUCCCCCGGGGACCUGGGCGCCCAAAGACCCAGCGGCGGUCCCAGUACCACAAGUGGAAAUGCAGGUCGCAAUCUGAAGGAGUGGUUGAAGGAGCAGUUCUGUGAUCAUCCAAUCGAGCACUGUGAGGACACCCGGCUGCAUGACGCCGCCUACGUGGGGGACCUGGCCACCAUUCAAAGGCUGCUUCAGGAAGACAGCUUCCAAAGUCGCAUCAAUGAGAAAUCUGUGUGGUCUUGCGGUUGGCUGCCUUGUACACCUCUGCGGAUUGCUGCCACAGCAGGGCACGGAAAUUGCGUGAACUUCCUUAUUCAGAAAGGGGCAGAAAUAGACCUUGUGGAUGUGAAGGGACAAACGGCUCUCUACGUAGCUGCCGUGCACGGCCACCUUGAAUGUGUGCACAUCCUUCUGGAAGCUGGUGCGGACCCCAACGGGAGCCGCCAUCACCGCAGCACCCCCGUGUACCACGCAGCCCGUGUGGGCAGGGCUGACAUCUUGAGAGAACUAAUAAAGUAUGGUGCCGAUGUGGAUGUGAAUCACCACGUGACUUCAGUGACCCCAAACCCUUCAUUCAGACCACUGACAUCCCUGGUGGUUUGCCCUUUGUAUAUUAGCGCAGCUUAUCACAACCUGCAGUGCUUCAAGGUACUGCUAGAAGCAGGAGCCGACCCAGAUUUUAACUGCUGUGGUCCAGUAAACAUCCAGGGUUUCUCCAGAGGCUCCGCAGUGUGCAUAAUGGAUGCCGUCUUACGACAUGGCUGUGACAAGGCCUUUGUCAGCCUCUUGAUUGACUUUGGUGCCAACCUGAAUUUGGUGAAAUGGGAGGACCCUGUCGAAGGAGCUCUGGGGAGGAUCAGAGUGAACUCAGAAGGCUUGCAGAUGUUCAAAGAAGCCAGAAGCUGUCCCAGGAGAUUGAUGGCUUUGUGCCGUAUGGCAGUGCGAAGAGGACUUGGCAAAAGCCGUCUGCAUCUAAUAGGUGCUCUUCCUGUUCCAGACCCUAUUAAAAAAUUUUUACUUCAUGAAUAACAGUGAGAUCUAGAUGUCCAUUGCAGGGGAGGACUAUUUUCUUUCUGUGCCUUUUUAAAGAUCUGCUAAAAGUGGGAAGCAUUCUAAUGCUGUUCGAAAAUAUAUUGUAUUUGAUCUAUACCUUUCUUUCCUUACUUAUUCUUCCUAAUUUGCAUCAUGGAAUUUAUCAGUGUUAUUUUCUGUUGAAUCUGAUACAACUUGAUCAUUUCAUGAGAAAGAUGGAUGUAUAAUUUAGUGUAGACUUGUGUUUAUUUAUUUCUAUUUAUUUUUUUUAAAUGUCUAGCUUGCUGCCUGGGCAGCUUACAGUAUUACAUAAGGGGAGAAAAAAGGCAAAGUGUGAUAAUUAAAUGAGUGAGGGUGCGUGAAAUGGUUUGUUUGUCUGAAACUGCCUGAGCUGGUUAACAACAUAAAAUAAAACAAUAAAAAAUAUAAUUAAAAGCAUUAAAGCGGCUUGUCCUAGUCAUCCAGUCUUGCCAACUGAAAGUCAUCGAUGUGACAGCCAUCAGGAUCGCAGACCACAGAAUCCCAAAUGCCAGUGAUUUUCUCCACAAAAUACUUCAAAACUGAGUCACUGUUCCUGUUGAUGGCUGUCUUUUAUCUCUUGGGAGCUUUUAUGUAAUAUCCACUUCUUAGUUACAUGCAAGAUUCUCUGGUAUCUUGCAUGCCCAGAGGUCCCCCCCACCCCGGGAUUCAGUUGCCAGAAACUGUUAACACAUUUCUUAAUUAUUUUGUUUGCAGGCUUUAUGAUAAGUUGAGAGUUUCUCUGAUAACUCCUUUUCUUGCUACUUUUCCGAAUUGUUCCUAAGAUUUACCAUCUCUUAAAUCUUCUGUCAGGUAUUGACAGAAAUGUUAUCUUUGCUGUUGCAAAGAUAAUUCUCAAAAGGAAAAGUUUUA